AUGAUGUUGAUGGAGGUUUUAGAGCUUCGUUCGGGGCUUGAAAAACGUCGAGCAGCAAAGCAAGCAAGAUACUUUCCAUUCAAACCAAGGUUGCAGAGGUUGUUUAUGUCCUCUAAAACAGCUACCCUUAUGAGAUGGCAUGCUGAGAAACGAACAGAUGAUGGUGUGUUUAGGCAUCCGGCAGAUUCUCUUGCGGGGAAGGAUUUUGACAGCAAACACGCAAGUUUCUCUACUGAUAUUCAGAAUGUAAGUCUUGGCUUGGCCUCAGAUGGAUUUAAUCCAUUUAGAACUAUGACUAUACCUCAUAGUACUUGGCCGGUCAUACUGGUUCCAUACAACUUGCCGCCAACGUUGUUGAUGAAGCAGCCUUUUAUCUAUCUGUCUGUGCUUAUUGAUGGACCACAACCUCCUGGUGAUAAGAUUGAUGUGUACUUGCAACCACUAAUAGAAGAAUUGAAGGAACUGUGGGAAGAGGGAGUUCCAACAUUUGAUGUUUCAAGCAAUCAAAUGUUUCAAUUGUAUGCUAGAUUACUGUGGACUAUCAAUAACUUCCCUGCCUAUGCCAAUUUAUCGAGAUGGAGUACAAAAGGUGAAUAUGCAUGCCCGAAUUGCAACUCUGAAACUGAUUCAGUAUGGUUGGAAAAUGGUCACAAGUGGGGGUUUGGGAGCAGUAGGAAAUUUUCACCUGAAGAUCACAAGUACCGGAGAGAUGCCAAGUCCUUCAAUGGCUUACGAGAAUACAGACAAGCUCCUCCAACACUAUCUGGAGUAGAUCUUCUCACACAGAUUCAAUCCAAUGGUCACAACCUCAUUCGUCACAACCUUGAUGUGAUGGAUGUAGAGAAAAAUGUGUGUGACAAUGUUCUUGGAACCAUAAUGGGAGCUGCUGGAAAAACAAAGGAUAAUUUGAGAUCUCGACGCGACCUUGAGACUAUGGAAAUUAGAAAGCAGUACCAUGUGAAGGAGAGGGAAAAUGGUACUAAAUACUUUGAGCCUGCUGAUUUUGAGAUGAAAAAUGAUGGGAAAGAUAAGUUCCUCUUAGCCUUAUCUUAG